UAAGGUAUGCAAUGAUAAAACAAACCACCCCUCACUACACCUUACCCCAAAACUUUGGAUUUCCUGCCGUGGGAAUAUCCCCCAGUUUCCAAUUUGAUAUAGCCCACUCCGCCCCACCUACCUUACCUCUAAGGUGAGGAAGACUUUUCUUAUCCAAUUUUGUUGCGAUUUCUUCUGAAUCUCUUGUUGUUGUUCUUACAAAUAUAGAUAGAUACCAAUGGAGGGUAGAGAUGAACGCUUGUCACGCUUAAAUCAUGUGCGGGGGUUGUUAGACGGGCUCGUUUCUAGCCGGUUGGUUGACAGCUUCCAAACCACAAGGCUUGACGUUUCACUCUUGAAAAAGCUGAAGACAAUAUUGCUGAAACAUCGAGUUAUACUUGAGCAACAGAUCUACUACGGACUUGAUGCAGGAUAUUGGGCGAAUUUGCUGGAUAAUGUCUUUAAUGAAGUUAGCUCUUUGUUUAACAAAAUCAUCAAUGAAGCAGUUGAGUAUGAAAACCUAACUCCUACUUCUCAUGUUUUCAAAAGUCGCUCUUCUCUUUUCAAACGGUUGAUUCAUUAUAAAUUGCAAACAUCAAUUGAAAGAUUAGAGGUCGCGAGCUCUACUACAACUUAUGAUCUAGUUGAUGACUCUUCUAUACAACUCCCCUCACUCUCAACUUCUAUUAAGAUGUUGUUAGACAGGCUUCAUUCUACUGAGCUCAUCCACAAGCUUGAUGUUUCACUCUUGGAAAUCCUGGAGAUAAAAUUGCAGUAUCUUGAAACUAAGUAUCAUGCUGCUGAGGAGAAACAGAUCACUGAUCUUAAUGGAGGACAUUGGUUGGAUAUGUUGAGAAAUGUUGUCUUUGAAUUUGGCUAUUUCUUUGACGAAAUCAACACUCAAGCAUUGCAAACCAGAGAGGAAGCAGAGUGUCAAACCCAAACCCCUACUUCUCAGGUGUUGAAAAAUCUUUCUUCUCCUUUCAAACGGUUUAAUGGAGUCACUAAUUCUAAAUUUCAAAAAUUAAUUGAAAGAUUAGAGUUCAUGAGUUCACGAGCACACGAUCGAUUUGGUGAUUUCUAUUCCAGUACUGAUUGGAAUGAAAAUCCUACAUUUUCUGUUUUCGAUGAUGAAUCUUCUAUUUAUGGAAGAGAUAGUGACAUAGAGAAACUUAAACAUCUUUUGUUGUCUACUAGUGGCGAUAGUAAAAUAGGAAUUAUUUCCAUUGUGGGUAUUGAAGGGAUUGGUAAAACAACCCUUGCUAAACUUCUUUACCAUGAUCCCGAAGUAUCUGACAAAUUUGAGUUAAAACUGUGGGCACGUGUCUCAGAAUAUUUUGAUGAAACAAUUCUUGAUGACUUGAAUACAUACAGAAAUGACACAAGGGAUGUGAAUAACAUUUAUCCAAAGUUUUUGCUAGUAUUGGAUGAGGUAAGGGAUGCAAGAUCUAUCAAUUGGACAUUACUGAUUAAUAUCUUUGGUGUUGGCGAAACAGGAAGUAGGAUCAUCAUCACAACACAGGAUGAAAGAGUUGUACCAUCCAUGCAAACCUUUGAGCCAUCCAUGCAAACCUUUCUUUUUGUCCACUACUUGAGACCUCUGGAGAGUGAAGAUUGCUGGUCUUUACUUGCAAGACAUGCAUUUGCAGCAUGUAAUGACCAACCACAAUUCAAUCUAGAAGAUAUUGGCAGAGAAAUUGCAAAUAAAUGUUUUGGAUCACCAAUUGCUGCAAUAGCACUUGGGGAUAUUCUCCGCACCAAAUUUUCGUUAGAGUACUGGAAGUUUGUGCUAGAAAGCAACCUUUGGGUAUUGACGGGUCAUGACGUGUAUCCUUUUAUACAAUUGAGCUACCACUAUCUUUCGACUCCUUUAAAACGAUGCUUUGCAUAUUGUUCAAUUUUUCCAAAGAAGUCCAUCUUAGCAAAAAAUAUGGUAGUUCAGUUGUGGAUUGCUGAAGGCUUGGUAGAAUCGUCCAUUGACCAGGAAAAAGUUGGAGAAGAAUACUUUGAUGUAUUAGUAUCAAGGUCGUUGAUAAAUCAACGAUCUAUUGGUGGUGAUGAAGCACAUUUUCAAAUGCACGACCUUAUCCAUGAUUUAGCUACAGAGGUUUCAUCUCCGUAUUCUAUCAAUAUGGAUGAACAUAACCUACAUGAUAAGGUACAAAACUUAUCAUACAACAGAGGGAUAUGUGACUCAUAUAAUAAAUUUGAUAAGUUGUAUGGACUAAAAGAUCUACAAACCUUUAUAGCAUUACCAUCACAAGAAAAAUUGCCUCUUUGUUUGCUAUCAAACAAGGUAGUACAUGAUUUGUUGCCAACAAUGAAACAAUUACGCGUGUUGUCUUUGUCAAGUUAUAAGAGUAUCACUGAGAUUCCCAAUUCUAUUGGAAAUUUGUUAUACCUGCGGUACUUAAAUCUUUCUCGCACUAAGAUCGAAAGGCUGCCUUCUGAAACAUGCAAGCUUUACUAUCUGCAGUUCUUGUUGUUGGCAGGCUGUAGAAGACUCACUGAAUUGCCGGAGGACAUGGGGAAAUUGGUUAAUCUCCGUCACCUUGAUGUUAGUGACACCGCAUUGAGGGAGAUGCCCGUACAAAUAGCCAACCUAGAAAAUCUCCAAACUUUGUCGGACUUUGUUGCCAGCAAACACAAUGAUGGAUUGAAGCUUGCGGAUCUGGGAAAAUUUCCCCACCUACAUGGAAAACUUUCUAUCUCACAGCUACAAAAUGUUAAUGACCCCUUUGAAGCAGAUCAAGCCAAUAUGAAGAUGAAAGAACGGUUAGACGAGUUAGCUUUAGAAUGGGAUUGUGGUAGCACUUUUUCAGAUUCACAAACUCAAAGUGUUGUACUUGAACAUUUGCAUCCCUCAACAAAGUUGAACAGUCUCACCAUCAAAGGCUAUGGUGGAAUCAGCUUUCCGAAUUGGUUGGGUGAUUCUUUAUUUAGCAACAUGGUGUAUUUAAGGAUCUCAAAUUGUGAUAAUUGUAUAUGGCUUCCGUCUCUUGGACAAUUGGGUAAUCUGAAAGAACUCGUCGUUGAAGGGAUGCAAUCAUUAGAGACAAUUGGUACUUCGUUUUGUGGAAGUGAUGGUUUUUCAUGUCAACCAUUUCCCUCCCUGGAGACUCAACCUUUUGACGAUACGCAAGAGUGGAAGGAAUGGAACUUGAUUGGAGGUUCGGCUACAGAGUUUCCUAGUUUAAAAACCUUAUCACUAAGUAAGUGCCCGAAACUGAGAGUAGGAAACAUAGCUGACAAAUUUCCUUCCUUAACUGAACUUAAGUUAAGAGAAUGUCCCCUACUGGUGCAAUCAAUGCCAUCAUCAGAUCAUGUACUUAACCAAAUGAUGUUCCCUUUGAAUUCUCUUCUACGGUUGACCAUAGACGGCUUUCCAUCUCUGACGUCUUUCCCAACAUACGGUCUACCAAAAACCUUGAAAUUUCUCAUAAUUAGAAAUUGUGAGAAUCUAGAGUUUCUUCCUCAUGAACUCUUGCACAAUUACACAUCGCUCGAGGAAUUGAAAAUAUCUUACAGCUGUAAUUCAAUGAUAUCAUUUACCUUGGGCGCUCUCCCUGUCCUCAAGAGUUUGUUUAUCGAGGGCUGUAAAAAUCUGAAAUUGAUAUUAAUUGCAGAAGGAGCGUCAGAAAAGAGUCUCUCAUUUCUUAGAAGCAUCAAAAUAUGGGAUUGUAAUGAAUUGCAAUCAUUUCCCUCGGGUGGAUUGACCACCCCAAACCUCGUUUAUAUUGCAGUUUGGAAGUGUGAGAAGCUUUGUUCACUACCUGAUGCAAUAAACACUCUAACUGGCCUUCAAGAAAUGGAAAUUGAUAAUCUACCAAAUCUUCAAUCUUUUGUUAUAGAUGAUUUGCCUAUCAAUUUACGGGAAUUGACUGUUGGAUCUGUUGGAGGCAUUUUGUGGAAUACUGAGCCAACUUGGGAACGUCUCAAAUGUCUGUCAGUGUUGCGAAUUAAAGGUGCUGAUAUGGUGAACGCAUUUGUGGUGCCAUUCCUACCUCCAUAUCUCGUGACACUAUGCAUCUGUGGUCUUAGAGAUAAAAGCAUUGAUCGGAAGUGGCUUCAACAUCUCACUUCUCUCCAAAACCUCGAGAUUGUUAACGCUCCCAAACUCAAGUCGUUGCCAAAAAAUGGAUUGCCUUCCUCUCUUUUAGUACUAAGUAUGACUCACUGUCCAUUACUGGAAGUAAGUUUGCGGAGAAAGCAAGGGAAAGAGUGGCGUAAGAUUGCUCACAUUCCCUCCAUAAUUAUAGACGGAGAAUUGAUCACAUGAGUUUCCUGUCUGGAAUUGUAUUCUGUCAUCCCUGCUUCUGCCCAAUCUUGCUGUUGUGAGAAGCCAAAUUCGUAUGCACAACCUGCAAGUGCAACUGAGUCCAUUAAAUGUUUUAGCUUGUACCAAGUGAUUCCAGAGUGAUUGAUAAUUUGCAAUUUUGCACCAAGACUGCAGCAGUGGUGAUUGAUCACAGUGUUAGUGGUGAUAUAGUUAAGGCCAUAGUGAAAAGGGAUGUGCCGCUCCUACAUGCUUCUCUUGUUUCCUUACAUCACAUGAGUUUUGUGUCCAGCCUGUUUGCAGAUGAAGAACCAGGGGCCUCAAGGGUGUGACAGGAACCAAGAUGGAAGCAGUCUCAGAUUGAAGACAAUGGCCUCUUGGGAAGUAAUGUUCACAUCACCAUACAUAACUGAUAAAUUGUUUAACUUCAACCUCAUAGAUUUGGUGUACUGUUGAGCAAAUGGAUGAGGAUAUUGUUUUCCUUGGAAAUCUAUGCUUGUUUCGGUCCUUUAUGCAAGUGAUUUUUUUUUCAGCCCUGAGGUUCCCAUUCUUCCAAACACAACAAUUAUUGAUUCAGGAAAGGAGAUUAUUUCUGGAGCAACUAGGACGAGCAGCGAUUAUCUGUCAGAGUUGAUUUCUCACAAUUGCUUUGCCGCAGAGUGCUUGAUGCAGUAGAGGAUCCAUACUUACAAAAAUCAAAGAGGAACAAUGGUUUAUUAUUAGCCGCAUUCUGUUCUGAAUUCUAAGUUCCAACGCCAUUCUUAUUCUGUGCUAGAAGCACCUUUUCCAGCUUAUGUAGAGAUGUUGUUUGAAAAGAUUGUUUCUGGUACUUGCUGUGAAUCAGGUGGUGAAAAAUUAGUUUUACUAUCAUUUCGCCACAUGCUCAUUCUAAUUGAAUAAAUUUGUCAAAUUGGAAUAAAAAGCCUUGUACUCAAAGUUACUUAGAUAUUAAUUUGUUGCUACAAUACCUUUUUUAUUUGUAUAAUAAUGAUAUAAUAUGGACAAUAGCUUAUCAUGCCAAAAGCAAUAAGGCAGCCACAUGGACAUCCAACAAAUCUGCAUAAUAGACAGCAAGGCAGCAAACUUUAUCACUAAAAGAGGAUUAGUUGUUUUUAAGCUUUGCCGACACAGUUCCACGUGUACUGGUUCAAUGACAGUGGCCAAGUUUUAAUUUCUUACAUAAGGAAUUGAGUCUUAUAUUUAUUUUAAUGCUUGAAUAACAAUGUAAACGAAUUCUGGCAAUAUAUGGUGAAUGUGUUUAUGUAUUGGUUAUGCAAGAUUGUCAAA